AUGGUUAUGUCAACAAAAGACUUCUCUCCCAGGCAGGAGGACACGCGAUUCUGGUGGGAAGAGCUCUCCCAUCCUCUUCUGUCUCUCAUGCAGAGUGCCGGAUACUCUGCUGAGGCUCAGGAACAGUAUGCUGAGUUCGUCCAACAACUUGUCAUCCCGUCACUGGGACCUCGUCCAAACAUCACGAAGUCCGGCGCUCGUCUGCCUCAUUUCGACAGCUUCUGUUCUGACGACUUCUCUCCCGCAGAGCUCAGCUGGAACGUUGGGCUGAAGAGGUCCAAGAUCCGAGUUGGCUCUGAGCCGAUCGGGCCCUUGGCCGGUACGGCAAAGGACCCUUUCAAUCAAGAUGAGCCCGAGGUAGUCAUGUCGCGCGUUCUGCGUCAUGCUGCCGAGAAUAGCCCUGUCGAUGGAGAACUUUGGGAGUUCUUCAAGAAGCACCUGCAUGUCGACGCGAAACAUGCUCAUAUGAUUGUCUCCAAAAUGGCUCCCAAUGAGCAUAUGACAACAAAUACCAUCUCGUUUGACCUUGAAGGCGAACACCCUGUGCCCAAGGUUUACUUCUAUCCCAUCCCAAUUUCCCUGCUUCAGGAGAAUCACGCCGGCGAAAUCAUCACCGAUGUCAUUGGUCAGCUGCCGCUCAAUCUCAUGCCUGCUUUCGACUACAUUCGCAACUUUGUCUACCACUACAAGCAUGAACGCAACAACCAAAAUAUUCUGCGCUUGGAACUAAUUGCAUUUGAUGCGCUGCGCCCGAUUGAUGCGCGAUUCAAGGUGUACCUGCGCACCAAAGAGACUUGUCUCGCCCGGGUGGAGGAAGUGUACACCCUUGGACAUACUCUCAAGGGUUCCGAAAUUGAUGCCGGUGUGGAUUUGGUCCGGCUAUUCUAUCUCCAUGUACUCGGUUUAUCUGCCCCCGGAGAAGACCUACCUCGCAGCAUGCAUCGCACGGCAGGCAUCAUCUUCAACAUGGAAUUGAAGCACAACUCAACUGCACCAGUACCAAAAGUGUACAUUCCCGUUCGACACUACGGCGGAACUGAUCUUCGAAUCGCGCAGUCACUAGGCAGUUUUUUCCGAGCAAUUGGGCUGAAAACGUUGGCCGACACAUACGUCGACGCAGUGCAAAAGGCUUUGUAA